AUGGAGGUCGGCGAGUUUACAUCACGUAAAAAGAGUACCAACUGGGAUUCUUGUGCAGUAGAACAUUGUGGGAGCAGAGCAAAUAAAAAUUCAAACCUUAGUUAUCAUCGCUUCCCUCGCGCAAACGAACGCUUUGUAAACAAACAGAACCUAUUUGGCAACUCUGAGAAGAUAGAUCUCUUCAAUGCAUGGAAGAAUGCUUUAAAAAUCAGCAAUAUUACUAAAAGAACAAGAGUGUGCUCGUUGCAUUUUAAAAAAUCUGAUUACUUAUUCGCAGAUGUUCAAGCAAGUAGAAGGUAUUUGAAAAAAAACGCAGUACCUUCUUGUAAUCUACCAGGUGAUGAAAUUAAAAAGAUUAAGGAAGAAAAAGAUAAAGCAAGAUUAGAAAGGCGAGAAAAGCGGAGUGAUGCAAGCAAUAGCAUAAGUAGCAUUAGAACGAAUGAAUCGUUAGAAGCAAGUACAGGACAAGCAGUGGAUACAGUCGUUUGUGUAAAAAGUGAGAAUAUUGUAAUGCUGAAGGAAGAAGUCAUUCAUGAAGAAAAUGAGAUACAAGAAAAUAUGUACAUUGGACAAAAUGUAAAUGAUGAAACCAGUUCAGAAAUUGAUGCGACUCAACAUUUCUUAAGCGAUAUGCUAGUGAAAUCUGAAACUCCAGAGCCAUUAGUGAAAGAUCAAAUAGUACAAGUAAACACUGAUUGCUUAUUGCCAAAUAUAAUGAGAAGUUUACAAAAUAAUAAGCAAUUGAGUACUGCAACAGGUCUGGAAUCAUUUGAAUUAUUAAAUACUAUUGUAGACAUAGUAAAAGACGUAUCUAAUAAUAAAUUUGAACAUUACAAUAUGAUAAUGAAUACAAGAGAUAGAGUGAUCAUGACAUACGUGAAGUUAAAACAGAAUAUCUCAUACGAUUUUCUAGCAGUUCUUUUUGACUGCUAUUCAUCAAAACAUUGUCAACAUAUUGUCGAUGAAAUGAUAAAGAUAUUGAGCAAAUGUUUAAAAACAGCAAUUCCAUGGCCAUCAAGAGAAGAAAUCUCGAAAAAUUUACCAAAAUGUUUUGAAGGUUUUGAAAAUGUACGAGUGGUUCUGAACUGUACAGAAAUUUUUAUACAGCACCCUGCAAAUCUCUGCUGUCAAGCACUAACGUAUUCACAUUACAAGAAUUCCGAUACUAUAAAAGUAAUGACGGGUGUAUCGCCAGCUGGCAAUAUUACAUUUGUUAGUAAAAUGUACGGUGGGAGAGCAACGGACUCUGAUAUAUUUCAUCAAAGUGAUCUAAUUAAAUUACUAGAGCCUGGUGAUGGAGUCAUGGUGGAUCGUGGAUUUUUAAUCGAUGAAGUGUGUCGAGUCAAUAAAUGGAAAUGCAUCAAACCACCAUUUUUAAAGGAUGAAAAACAGUUUACCAAAGAAGAGUCACUUUUGACUUCUAAAAUAGCCGCAGCUCGUGUACACAUUGAACGAUUAAAUGAAAGAAUGCAGACUUUUAAAAUCCUUGGAUCAUCAAUGCCCUCAACGCUUGUGCCUCUUGCAGAAGACAUUUUUACAGUAAUUUGUGGCACAAUUAAUAUGAGUGCACCAAUUUUAAAUGAUGAUGAAUUUAUGGAUUCACAAUGAACCAUUAAAUCAUAUAAUCAUCGAAGGACGCUGUAGCGAUCCGAAAGCAAAUUUGAGUCUGGAGAUGGCAGCUUGACGCCGGCAACUGGCGUACAUGGAACUACACAAAAUGGUAAUCUUAAAUUUAUGUAUACUUGCUUUUAUUUCGAGUAUUUUUUCUUUUAUACUGAGAGACUUUAUUUACGAACACCGACGAAGGAUUAUUAAACAGAGUUAAUGAGGCUUUAUGCAGGCAAUUUUUGAUGCCCUUUAGAAUAUAUUGCCACUGAAAUAAAAUAAAUGGAAAUAGAAAGCAAGACACUCGUCGGUGCCGAACAGUUGCCAGAUGCAAUAAAGAUCCUAAACAAUUUUCUUCUUAGAACUCGACUAGUUAAGAGAUAAUUGGCGAUGAACGAACUAAUUAAUUGAUUAGUCAUGAGGUAUUCGAGAUGGAAGAAAAUUGUAUACGACCUUUUUGCAGGAAACGGCAGUACCUACAAUUUUUAUUUGAAGUAUUUUUCGAAAUUCUGAAAAAAGAAUUUAAAUUUUUUCAAAAUUUUGUCAUGGUACCCCGUCAGAUUCUUUAAAAUUCUUGUUUUUCUUUCGUAGCUCCAGUCAUCAGCUGAAAAUAAUGCCGUUUGCAGUUUCGCAUGCUCAGUCGAAUAAGCAAAUGCUCAGUCGAAUAAGCAAAUGCUUAUUCGAACAAGCAAAUGCUUAUUCGAAGAAGAAAUUCUUAUUCGA